AUGUAUAUUUCUGAGGCUGUAUCAGGCCCUAAUAUUCUGUCUCAAGGCACCCGUAGGAGAGCUGAGAAGACAGAAGUCCUCAGUGAAGAUCUGCUACAGAUUGAACGUCGCCUGGACACUGUGCGGUCAAUGUGCCACCAUUCACAUAAGCGUUUGAUAGCCUGCUUCCAAGGUCAGCAUGGCACCGAUGCCGAAAGGAGACAUAAAAAGCUUCCUCUGACAGCUCUUGCCCAGAACAUGCAGGAGGCUUCAGCCCAGCUGGAAGAGUCUCUCUUGGGGAAGAUGCUGGAGACCUGUGGAGAUGCUGAGAAUCAGCUGGCUCUUGAACUCUCACAGCACGAAGUCUUUGUGGAGAAGGAGAUCGUGGACCCUCUCUAUGGCAUAGCCGAGGUGGGUGCCCUGUGCUGCCUGGCCUGGCAGAGAUCAGACAGUAAAUGGCUAGUGUGUUUCUAUGGAACCCUAGUCAGUGGCUUUAAUGUAGACCUAUUUGGGGAACUUGUAGCUCUACUGCAUACUCAGAGUGUGUUCAUGGUUUCAGGUGCUUUAAAGUCCUAUUUGCGGGAAUUGCCUGAGCCCUUAAUGACUUUCAAUCUGUAUGAAGAAUGGACACAGGUUGCAAGUGUGCAAGAUCAAGACAAAAAACUUCAAUAUUUAUGGACAACAUGUCAGAAGUUGCCACCACAAAAUUUUGUUAACUUUAGGUAUUUAAUCAAGUUCCUUGCAAAGCUUGCCCAGACCAGUGACAUUAAUAAAAUGACUCCUAGCAAUAUAGCCAUUGUGUUGGGCCCUAACCUCCUGUGGGCUAAACAAGAAGGAACGCUGGCUGAAAUAGCAGCUGCCACAUCCGUCCACGUGGUCGCAGUGAUUGAGCCCAUCAUCCAGCAUGCAGAUUGGUUCUUUCCCGGAGAGGUAGAAUUCAAUGUAUCAGAAGCAUUUGUGCCUCUUGCUACCCCAAAUUCUAAUCACUCAUCCCAUACUGGAAAUGAUUCUGACUUGGGGACUCUGGAGAGGAAGCGACCUGCCAGCAUGGCAGUGAUGGAAGGGGACUUGGUGAAGAAGGAGAGCUUUGGUGUGAAGCUUAUGGACUUCCAGGCCCACCGGCGGGGUGGCACUCUAAAUAGAAAGCACAUAUCCCCCGCUUUCCAGCCGCCACUCCCGCCCACGGAUGGCAACGCCUUGGCUCCAGCAGGCCCAGAGCCCCCUUCUCAGAGCUCUAGGGCUGACAGCAGCUCAGGGGGUGGGCCUGUCCCCUCUUCUGCGGGCAUAUUGGAGCAGGGGCUGAGCCCAGGUGACAGCAGUCCUCCAAAACCCAAAGACUCUGUGUCUGCAGCUCUCCCUGCAGCAGGAAGAAACAGCAACCAGAUGACCACGGUCCCAAACCAGGCCCAGACAGGUGGCAACUCCAAUCAGCUCUCAGUAGGCACACCUCACAGUGCAGCUGGUCCCAGCCCACACACUCUUCGUCGAGCUGUGAAGAAACCUGCCCCGGCACCCCCCAAACCAGGAAACCCACCUCCUGGCCACCCUGGAGGGCAGAGCUCUUCAGGCACAGGCACAUCCCCAAAGCCAAGCGCCCGAAGCCCAUCGCCACCUCAGCAGCAGCAGCAGCAGCAGCAGACACCAGGCAUGCGCCGCUGCUCCAGCAGUCUGCCUCCCAUCCAGGCGCCCAGCCACCCACCACCACAGCCCCCCACACAGCCUCGGUUGGGUGAACAGGGACCAGAGCCGGGCCCCACACCACCUCAAACCCCCACACCACCUAGCACCCCACCCCUGGCCAAGCAGAAUCUAUCACAAAGCGAGACCACACAGCUGCAAGGAACCCUCCCAAGACCACGGCCGGUGCCCAAACCCCGAAACAGGCCUAGUGUGCCACCACCCCCAAAUCCACCUGGAACCCACACGGGGGAUGGUGGCCUCACACCCGCAGUGCCCACAGCUUCCAGAAUCGUCACUGACACCAAUUCUAGGGUUUCUGAAUCAAUUCGCAGCAUCUUUCCUGAAAUACAUUCAGACUUGGCAAGCAAAGAAGUGCCUGGCCACAUCCUGCUGGACAUAGACAAUGACACAGAAAGUACUGCAUUGUGAAGAAAGCCAUUUGCCAGCCUUUGGCCCUCCAUCCCAGUGAGCAGAACUGGGUCAGGCAAGCCUCUGUCUCUGCAGACCAAACAGUGAGAAGCUUUCAGUGGGGGAAGGAAGGUCUGACCACGAAGGACUAGACUCCCACGGCCCAAGGAGAAGGUGAUGGCCGGUCCUCAAAGCUGAAUGACCUGUGUCGUAAAGAAGUUGGCUUGCUUUAUCUAGGAUGAAAAUCAUGCCAAAAAUGAUCAGGACAAAGAAAUAUUACAGCAGAAAGAGUAUACUGCCGAGAAAUGUAUGGGAAGCCUUUGCCAGUGCUGUCAGCUCAGACAGCACUAGGAGUGACUCAGAAGAGACUUACCUAUCUAUUUAAUAAAACAUUAAUUAUGCAAGUUGCCUACUUCCUGCUACUUGGACUUUGGUUCUCAUGUACCAGAGGGAGCUUCCGUUCCUUCAGACUUGCUGCAGAAUCAUUUUGUAUUAAAUACAGUCUGUCUCCUCCAACCCCCAGAACCUCGAGCAUUGUUGGCGACUGCUGGCUCUGUCGCCUCAUCAGAAUAGGUGCAAGUCGUGCCUUGUGGACCGCCAGAAUAUGGAGAGAAAUAUACCGUUCUUUUUUAAAAAAAACAAAAACAAAAAACAAAAAACAAAACUAUAAUUGCUACUUGAUAAAGAGCAAAUGUUAUUCUAGUUUCGUGUUUAAUUUGAACUAAAUAUAUUCUGUGGUUUAUAUGAAAA